CGCCAAUCGCAGCUUUGCGAGCUGUUGGUGCAUCAUUCGUGGACGUGAAGAAAUGCAUUGAUCCCCAAAACCAUCGAUGCGGCAAUUCCUUCGGCGCUUGGCUGCGCCUGGUGCUCCGCGCAGACGCUUGCAAGCUGCACUGCAGCGCAAUGCGUCGCAUGUCUCAGCGCAGUGCGAUCGGUCGCAGUGCAGGCGCAUAAAGCGUGCGCUGGCGCAGCGCUGCGCGUCAUCGAUCACAGCGCUCGACGAGCAACGGCUGGCAGCACUGCCAGUCGAGAAAACGGUCACCUUCAGCAUCGUCGCCCACGUUGACCACGGGAAGUCCUCAUUAGCGCAGCGCCUCCUCGAAAUGUACGGCAACAUCGCCUCGACGGACGCGGUCGGGCAGUCGGCUUUAGACACGCUGGACGUCGAGCGCGAGCGGGGCAUUACGGUCAAGGCGGUGACGGCGUCGAUGCUUGUUGGUGAGUACCUUGUGAAUCUCGUGGAUACGCCGGGCCACGCGGACUUCGCCCACGAAGUGCGGCGGAGCCUCGGCGCCUGCGACGGCGCGCUCUUACUUGUGGAUGCUUCGCAAGGUAUCGAAGCUCAGACCUUGAAAGUCGCCGCGGCCGCGCGCGCUGCUGGCGUGCCGCUCGUUUGCGCCGCGUCGAAGAUAGACCUCCCGACGGCCGAUGCGGUGGAAGUCGCGCUCGAGCUCGCAGCUUUAGAAUUUACCAAAGAUCCGGAGGACGUGCUCUACGUCUCGGCGAAGAGCGGUGACGGCGUAGAUGGGGUGAUGCCCGCGAUCAUCGACGCUUUUAAACAACCCGCGGACGACAGAAGAGCUCGGCCGACGCGGUGCCGCGUCCUGGACGGCCGCUACGACAUCACGCGGGGCGUCGUCGCCGUGAUCCAGUGCGUCGACGGUUCUUUGCGGGAGGGCGACCGCAUUGCCUUCCUAGGAGGAGACGGCAAGGAGCAUACCGUCCAGGAACUCGGGCUGCUUACGCCAGCGCACCACCGGACGGGGUUCCUGAACGCGGGAUGCGUCGGAUACCUCGUGGCGGGCUUGCGUGAUGUGCGCCAGGCGCGCGUCGGCGACACGUUAUGUCUUGCGACAGAACGCGACCGUCUCGAGCCCGUGGAUCCGCUGCCGCCGGCGACGCAGCCUGGCCUUUUCGCGUCCGUCUUUCCGCCCGAUGGUGGUCUUUUUGAUGAGAUGUCUCGCGCUGUCGACCGCCUUGCGCUGAACGAUGCGAGCGUGACCGUCCGCCAUGAGCUGUGUCGAAAUCAAGCAGUGCGUCGCGUCGAUGGCGUGGAGGCCACGAUUCAGCAGUGGCGGAGACACGUCGCGACAAUUUGAUUUAUGCACAGGCCGCGAGGCCAAAGCACGACCCACGUUGGGUGCGGGGCUGCGGCUCGGCUUCCUCGGGUUGCUUCAUAUGGAUGUCUUCAGGCAGCGACUGCGUGACGAAUUCGGCGCCGAGGUCUUGUUCACGAGCCCGACAGUGCCUUACAAGGUGAGGUGGAAGGAUGGGAACGUAACGACGCUCGAAGCCCUCGACGACUGGCCGGACGCCGCGCAACUAAGCCGCGAGGUCUCAGAUAUACUGGAACCGGUUGUCGACAUCGAAGUAGUGACGCCGCGCGAACACGUCGGCGCCUGCCUCGGGCUGUGUGGAAAUCAACCAGUGAGUUAGGUUUGGCGUGGGCACCUGAAAUUUGAUUCCACCCAGGCCUAGAGCACCUCGAGACGGCGCGCGCGCAGCAGACAGGCAUCGAGUCGACACUCGACGGCCGCUCGAUCAUCGCCUGCGCCGCACCGUGGGCCUCCGUCGUCGACGGACUGGGCGAGCGCCUGGCGCAUGCGUCCCGAGGGCACGCUACUUUAGCCGUCGACGAAUUGCCCCGGUACGAGGCCGCGGACGUCGCGAAGGUCGACGUGCUCCUGAAUGGCGAGCCAGUGGAGGCGCUGGCCUUCGCCGCGCGGUCGGCCGAUGCCCGAGACCGGGGCCGCCGCGCCGUCGAGAAGCUGCGACGGCACGUCCCGCGCCAGCUCUUCGAGUGCAUCAUCCAGGCCCGCGUCAACGGCGCCGUCGUGGCGAGAGCACGCAUCGCUCCGCUCCGGAAGGACGUGUUGACGACUGGCGGGAGCAAAGCUGUCCUAGGGAAGGACCGCAAGAAGAAGCUCCUCGAGAAGCAGAAGCGCGGCAAGGCGCGCCAAAAGACGAUCGGAAAAGUCGCCCUGGGCCAGGACGCGCUCUGGGCGGUCGUUGGAUCAUAGUUGUACUACUACUCUAAGUUGUGGUUGUCUGUCAGAUGUCUCUUCUCGAUCAUUCCCGG